GGUGUAUUUCAUGACAGAAAUUUAUGUCAUGUAUUUGGCACCAAAAGUUUUAGCAACUUAAUUCGUGAGGAAAGGAAUUUCGAUAUGUCCUACAAAUUAAGUAGUGUACUGCGAGGCCAUGAACUGGAUGUUAGAGCUGUUUGCCCCGCUGUUUUCCCUGAAGGAGGAAUCGUUUCAGCGUCACGGGAUAGAACAGCUCGAUUGUGGAUUCCCAGUGAAGGGAAAGUUGGUUUUGAAGAAGGUCACGUUCUUAGCGGACACUCCAACUUUAUCUCUGCCGUUUGUACAAUUCCUCCUACAGACAAAUACCCUCACGGUAUCUUCUCUUUUCUCAUUUUUUUAUAUCACAUAGAUGGAGAUCGGUUUCCCAACCUUCAUAGAUAGACACUGAUUGAUUGUUAGAAUCGUUUAAGUUGAUAUAAAAACUGAAAAAAGCUGACGUACAUCAGCUGUUGAUUCAUUGUAAGUUACCAGUUGUUUUAUUUCUAAUCUUUUGAAUUAGGCCGACUUGACCUGUAGUUAUUAGACCAUAUAAAUAGCAACAUCCAUUUAACGGUGGUGUCAAUUACUGUGGCAAACCUCUCCUUUGCCUUAGCUUAUCGCCAUUUUAAUGGUUACUGUGAUAAAAUUGAAAUUGUGAGAUUUCUUCACAACAUAAUCCUAAAGAAUUAUUUUGCGCGUUGUCUUUGAAUUAUAAGAAAGUUGUGUGCCUGAACUGACUGAGAGCAGUAUCUUCUUUGGUACAAGAAGUACUGAAUAUACAGUAUGUAGCUUUAAAAAUAAACAAAAUAAUUGAAAGUGAUAAGUUUGAAUGAAUUAAAUUUUAUGGUGUAAAAAUCUUUUGUACAAUGGAACUUCAAUUUAACAAAGUGCCAAGGGACAGAGGAAAUUAGUUUGUAAUAUAGAGGGUUUGUUAUGAUAUAGCAAACUCUCAAUAUAAAGAAUUUGCUGAAAAACAACCAAAUUGUUUGUCAUAUUGAGGGCUGGUUAACAGUUAUUUUUUUAUUUUUAUUGUCUUUUUUUUAUGUGUUGUGAGAUGUCAUGCUGCUCAGCAUUUUGAGAUUGUGUUUGUUAUAAUGAGGUUCUUUCUCAUACAUUUGACUGUAAUUUUGGCCAGGCUGAAGAGAAUCUUUCAUUAUACCUAGAAUGUCUUUACAUACAUGUAGAGAUGUGUUAAAUGGAGAUUCCACUUUACUUCAUUUGCCAGGUCUUGUUGUCACUGGUGGUCAUGAUAGUGUGAUUCUUGUGUGGACUCUGGAUUCUCUUGGUGGGUAAAUAACAGUCUUUUAGAAUUACCACAUCUUCUCUCUUAACCCUUUACACCCUAACAUCAGUCUGUAUAUUCUCCAUACUGUUCUCUAUACAUUCCCUUUGGUGCUGACAAAGAGAAUUUGUUUGCCAAUUAAGAGCUUCUUUAGUUGGUGAUCACUUCCUUUGUUCUUGUGACCUUAAUGUUUCAUUCAGGGAUUAUACCAUCACAAGGGAGUUAUAACUGUAGAUGCUGCACAUUCAUAGGAGGUGAAGGGUUAACCCUUUUACUCCUUUCAGAUCUGAAAGUUGACUCUUGUGACUGAUACUAUCUGUUUUGUUAAUUUGGUUUUAUGAACUGUGUUGAUUAAGUCAAUUAGCCCCCGUAAGCUGACGUUUCAAGUGUCAACCCUUAGUCAGCCUUUAUUGUUGACUACUGUAGCAAUGAUAAGUUGUUCUUAAAUCAUUGCCACAUCACCUAGCCUAUGAUUUUCUACUUUUCUUCUUUUGCUGGACUAUAUUUCACAGUUUACAUCUAGAUUUUUCAAUCACAUUGGAAGAAGUCUUGAUAUUGAAGUGCUGUAUUGAAAUGCAAAAGUCUGUCUACCUCUCCUCUUCAGUCUAAAUUUAUCACAACCUUUUUUAAUUGUUGUUGUCAUCUUGAAUUUAUUCCCUCCCUUCAGAGCCUCUCCACAAACUGGAGGGUCACAGUGGAGCAGUGUGUUCAUUAAUUGCUGGAAAGUUUGGGACACUUCUUUCUGGAUCAUGGGACAAGUGAGUACAAUAAAUCUAACUGGCAUCCUUCACAUGCUGUGUGUUCAAGGUCAAUUGCCCUCUGAUUAAGGCACAGGAGCUUUUCCUAGUUUACACUGGAGAACCUGACUGUAUGUAGUGUUGCUACAUGUACACUAUCCAUUCUUUCCAAAUGUGGUAGGAGAGAGGGGAUCCAUCUCAAUCUCAAUAUUUUUCUAAGGUUUCCCAGUCAAUUUUCAGGUACCCAUUUAUACUCAUGGGAUGAGAGAUGCUCUGCUACAGUAAAGUUGAUCUUUUUCAUGGAAAAGCACCUCAAACUGAUUCAGCAUGACUUGACCCCAGACCCUAAAAUUCAGAUUGUAGUAAUGGUAACCUUUAGGCUUUCAUGUCAGCCACUCUCAAUAUUUUUUUUGUCAGAAAUGAUUUUCUCCUUUAUAUCUAAAAUGAUUUACAGCACAGCACGAGUGUGGAUUGGAAGCAAGUGUAUGAUGAAACUACAAGGCCAUGAAGCAGCAGUAUGGGCAGUCCAACUAAUGCCAGAUCAUGGGCUCAUGCUAACAGGUAUAUCUACGAACACUGUGGAGUAAUAAUGUACUUUAACCUUUACACCUUAACAUCAGUAUGCAUAUUCUCUAUACGGUUCUUUAUACAUUUUGUAAGGUGUGGACAAAGAGAAUUUGUAUGCAAUGAAGAGCAUCUUUAGUUGGUGAUCAUUUCCUUUAGUCUCCUGAUCUCAAUGUUCAAUUCAAGGGUGAUGCUGCUGGAACGAAUUUGAAGCAAUUCACUCUAAGGGGUUCAAAGGUUAAGAUGAAUUACAGGUCAAAAUGAUUUUACAUUUUUUUGAUGUGUUCUCUGUUUGUUCUUGGUAAAAUGAAGUGUUUCCUUGCUUGAAUUUGUCCAAAUCAGAGUGAUUUUUAUUUUUCUCUAAUUAUGGCCAACUCUGAGAUAUUCCUGAGUAUGUUGUAGGUAUUGAUUGAAGUUGCUGUUAUUCAACUGAGAACUUUUUAUUAGUUUAGGGGAAGCCUUGAUAGGGAUUCCAUCUCCACUUAUCUGUACACUGUACAGUAAUUGACAAAUUAUUGUCUAUAACUCUACAGGUUCGGCUGAUAAGACCAUCAAGAUGUGGAAAGCAGGGACAUGUCAAAUGACAUUUACUGGGCAUAGUGACUGUGUUAGAGGUCUGGCUGUUCUCUCAGCUCUGGAGUUUGUGUCCUGUUCAAAUGACUGGUAAAAAAAAAAAAAAAGAAUUGGUUUUGAGUUACUUCAUGAUCUUAGUAUUUAUAUCAAUUUCUGUGGUUUGAGUGAAAAGGUUUACUUUCCUUCACCAGCACCAUUAGAAGAUGGAUGAGCACUGGUGAAUGCCUUCAGGUUUAUACAGGACACACAAGUUUCAUCUACAGGUCAGUAAGCUUGAGACCUGGAAGAUUAUGGACUGUGAAAUUUCUUUUAACCAAGUCUAACUAUCAGGAUUUACUAACAUAUAAUUUAUCCAUAUGGUAACAAUGCACAGUAAAGCAUAGAAAUGACGAGAGGAAAUACAUUUUAAGGAGAUACAGAAUGAUUUUAAUUAACACAAAAUUUUCAUGCAUGUAUACUCUAUCUAAAUUAGAAGGUGUAUAUGUCAGAAAGUUAUGGAAACUGUUUGAGAUCAUGGGAGUUUAAGCGUUAAGAUAAUUUUGGUAAUUUCCUGUUCUAAGUCAGCCAAUUGAAAUAAAUACAGUACUCAAACUUAAAAUAUAAUAAAAGUUUUAUGUUCCUGUGGCAUUUUCAAAAGUAAUAUGGUUGUCUUCAUUGUCAUUGUGUUACUUAUUUUGACAGCAUUUCAGCUCUUACAAGUGAGGAUGGAAGCUUUGUUUCUGUCGGGGAAGACAGGUCACUUCGAAUAUGGAAAGGUAGGCUCCAUUUAUGUAGUUUUUAUCAGGUUUAAUGCAUUAAACUGUCAAUUGAUAUUAUCUAAUUAUUACUGGCUCUUUCGACAUGCACUGAAGGGGGGAAAACUUAGUCUGAUAGUGUAGACCUCAGACUAGGUUAACCCUUUUACUCAAUCCCAAGAUCUCGGCGGUAAUUCUCCUUACUUGGUUUUCCCAUCACCAAAUUCUUGUAGAGGUAAUAAGAGGUAUUUAUACAAAUUAAUGUUAAUAAUAGGUGUAGAUGUCUACUUAAAGAUUAGCUCUGGUUUAUUCUAUCAUUGGCAGUGCUUGUGGGCAUUAUCCUGUGUUUGCUUGGCUACCUGAGCAGACAGAUGGACUUAUCUUGCCUGCUCAGGUUUACCCCCCGUACAUGUAGACUUGGGCUAGUAAAAGAUUGCCUGGAGUUGUAGAUUUUAGACGAUGUCAGCAAUUGCAGUUACAAAAAAGCGGAAGAAGUCAAAACAGUCAAAACAAAGAAAUCAUAAAUGAUUCUCAUGGUUUUAUUGUGCAACUAACACACCAGCUUCUUGUUUUUUGUUCUUUUUUAUGGACCUGGACUUUGUCUUGGUGCAUAAGUAAUAAGAAAAAGAACUUGGCCAAUAUCCAGCCAUCUUGACCUCACACUUGGUCAAUAAUGCUGAUAUACACAAAAUCAAGUUAAAUAAAUUAAGUUAAAUUUAGGAUUGUGUCAAACUGAGCUUUGUUUUUCUCCUUUAUGUCAGGAGGAGAAUGUGCUCAAACAAUCACCCUUCCUGCUCAGUCAGUUUGGAGUGUUACAUGUUUGAACAAUGGAGACAUUGUAACUGGCUCAAGGUUAGAUAAAGGCUAUGACUUUCUUAAUCAAGUAACAUUUGAUACAAGUUUUUGUUUUUUGCUUUCAAUUUAGUUGAGAUUUCACUUUUUCUUUUUAGACCUAUCUGUAGUUUUUCAGAUUUUAUGAUUGAGUGAACACCCUGUAUAAGGCUUAUGUAAUUUACACUGUUCAUAUACUCAUUAGGCUUCUCAAUUUUGUUGUUAUUAAAGGAAAACUAAUCACAUUUUAGUACAAUUAGAAUUACAUGAAUUAUGUAAAUGUACUUUCUCCUCUCUAGUGAUGGUAUUGUGCGUGUUUUCACUGCUGCAGAUGACAGAGUGGCAUCAGAAGAAGAAUUACAGGUUUGUGCAGGAUCAAAGUGGGCAAUCCUGAUAGGAUAAGAUGGACCCAUCUUGCUUGCUCAGGUAGCCAAUCAGAAAACAGGAUUCUCUUCAUCUUAUCCAUAGUGGCUUUCAGUGACAUAUUAUUUGCUAUAUUAAGAAAAGGUAACUGGGUAGUAACCUGCAAUGGACUGGCAUCUCAUGUGGCAAUACCACUGAUUGGUUCAAGCCACAGAAAGCUCUGGUUAUAUAGGCCUUUUGGCUGACAUUUACCUUAUUGGUGUCAGGCUUUUCUUGUUUUUAACUGCCUUCCUUUUCAUGUCUACAGCUAUUUGACACUGAAGUUGCAAGUCAUGCUAUACCAGCAGAAGCUGCAAGGUACAGUGGAUUCUUAGCAGUGGUCACUUGCUCUUUUGUUCUAUGCCUACACAUCCCUUUUUAUUGAACAUUAAACUCUCAAACUAUUUUACUGGCUGUACAAGACUUUGCGCAACACAUAAGUAAAUUUCAGUUCAAUUCACAUUAUUGAUGCAUAUGGGAUCUUUUCUCUUGCAAGCAACUACCUACCAUUAGUGAUAAGAAACUCACCAAACCUUAAAUCAGAUGUCCUCUUCCACAGGGUUUACUACUUUGUAUUUUUUUUUCUGUUCAGUGGCAUGUUAGGUGAUGUCAAACUUGAAGAUCUUCCAGGACCAGAAGCUCUUCUUAGACCAGGUAAUCAUGCUGAAAAAGAUGGAUUCAGUGUGCCAAGUAUGACAUACAUGUACAUGUAGUUGCCAAUGCUAUACACUGUGGGUGAUAACAUGUACUGUACAUUGUCAGUUUAGUUUUCCCAGCCAAAUAGUUUUGAAUUAAAUCAUCCAUAAUGCUUAUUUUGCAUUGUUUAUAAAAUGACACAAUACAAUUCUCUGCUCAGGUGACAAAAGUGCUCAAACAAAGCUAAUAAGAAGAGGAAAUGUCAUUGAAUGUCACCAGGUAAAUAGAAAUCUCUUAAGCUUUGUGUUUGUUUGUCUGUUUUGUAAUUGUUUUACAACCUCUCUUAGUGAUAUUCCUGUGGUAUUGGCUAAAUUUAUUCGUUGUUCAGAGAGAGACUUUGAAUAUGUUCCCAUAAUCAGAAACUUGGGAUCAUGCUGCAGAUAUAAUUUUUUUCUUUCAUGAAUGUACACAGCAGACUAAAUCCAAAGACCAAAACGAGUUUUAAAUUGCGUGAUCUAUCUACUUUACGUCAUGUACUCCAUGAAUUAUAGCGCACCACUGGAAAUAACUUCAAGUUCUUAUGGAGUAAUUAUUUCUAUUUUUAGUGGAAUGGCAUGGAAACAAGAUGGGAGAAGGUAACAGCUCUUUGGUUGAAAAUAAUAAUUAUUGAUUUAUUAAUGAUCUACGCAAGUAAGGUUGCUUGAGGUUUCUGUUUGUGCCAUUGUUUCUGCUUGAUGAUCCUUUAAGUUCCUUUUCUUUUUAUAAUCAGGUCGGUGAGGUAGUAGGGUCAGCUGGAACAGAAGGCACAGCAAGACAAACCAACAAAACAAUGUAUAAUGGAAAGGUAUGAUUCGACGGUUAAAAAGCAGUUUAGCUCUCAAACUGGAGUUUUAGAGGGUUUUGGUUAAGUAUCGGAGUGAAUGUCUCGCAGAUUACUGAUAAAAAAUCCUCUAAAUGUGUUUGUAUUCUUCCUGUGCUGUAUGGUCGACUCCAUGUAAGAUGACAGGUUAUGACUAGAACGUCUUUUGGUGACAUCUUGUUUUUCUGGUCUCAUAGGAAUACGAUUUUGUAUUUGAUGUUGAAAUUCAAGAGGGGAGCCCUCGGAGGAAGUUGCCUUACAACCUGACUGGUACGUUACCAUUGAUGUAAUUUUAUGGUAACUAAUGACUUCGCCCGAUUGCAAGUUCGCUUCCGUUUUGCCUUUGUGAGUUUGCCCCCUAACGGUUUUUUAUAGCAGUACAUAAAUUGCAAGUUGGUCGAAACAUAUCAGGGAAAUUUCGACAAGAAAUGAAUACGUUCUGUGGUGAGGAGGCGAGGGAACGAGUCGAACGUUUUGGGGACAAACUGGUAAAGGUUGGGCGAACUUGUUUUACGUUGGGGAGUGAACUCGCAAAGGCGGUUGAGGCGAACUUGCAAUGGAGAGAAAGCACUUGAAACAAAUUUGACUUACCGCUUGAUAUUAAUAUGAGAAUUACGCAAAAGUUCUGACUGAGUUGUGACAGGUUGUGAGGAGUGAAAGAGGAUAUGAAAUGCUUCCUUUGAACGUGCCACUCAGUGUGUCAAUCAUGAGUCCUCAUUACUGUCUGUAGAUGAUCCUUGGAUGGCUGCGCAUCAGUUUCUAGAGCGGAAUGAUCUCAGUCAGAUGUUCUUGGACCAAGUGGUUGAUUUUAUACUAAAGAACACCAAAGGAGUCACGAUAGGCCAGCAGAGUUCAUCUGCGUCUGAUCCGUUUACUGGUGAGUUGCAGAGCAGUCGUAAGCAAAGAAAACCGAGGUUCUGGUGUGAUCUCUCUCCUACACCGCACUUCUAAUUGUUUUCAUAAAUUCUUGGAUAUUUCCAAAACGCGCCCAUCACUUUUUGAGAAAUAAACACUUAUCCUUGAAAAUUACAGGACAUGUUACUGCUUCUGUAUUUGAAACUACAGUUUUUAAUUAAUGUCAACUUUUAUCGUUUCGCUUCAUCGAAUUUACUACUCUUUUUCCAUAAUUCGGCUGAUAAUCAGGGCGACAUUAAUAAUUUUUCAACAAGUACCUUCCCUUUGUUGUGAUUCUCUUACAACUUCGGUGAAUCGCUCGUCCAUUCUCUGAUGUUAUCCUCUCGAUUCUUGCGAUGUUGGGGAUAUGACUAAUUGCUCGCCUUAAAUUAGUCUAAUACAUGUAAUUGGUCACUUUUUAAUCUUCUGAUCAGUCUGAGUACAAAUAUGUUACCUUUUUAUGUUUGAUGUUGCAUUGCAGGAGCAGGUAGGUAUGUUCCAUCUGCAACGCCCUCUCAGGCAGUUACGGAUUUCAAUUUGGGAGGAGGAGGUGUCGAUCCCUUUACAGGUAUUUGACUGUCCCUACCUUCAUUUUAUCCCACAGUUUCAGCUUUGUUAUUGUCUUUUUGGAAUGGAAAUUGUGUUGGGAAAAACAGAUAGAUUAAAAUAAAUUUCGCCUUGGCAUAAUUAAGAAUGGAAACAAAUUUUACUCAUCUCUAGCACGUUUAAGUAAACUUGAGGUGAUUUUUUCAGAGAUUAUGUACCUCGUGCUGUGGGUUGAAAGGUUAAACUUGAUGCCGGCAUCGUACUUAAAGUUAUUUCUUUAUACUUUAGGAAGUGGUAGCUACAGACCGUCGUACACAUCUCCGCAGACUAACACGGAUGGGUUGGAUCCAUUUACAGGUCAGUACGCGGUAAAAACAGGUAACUAAUCAAUUAAUAUGGGAUUCAGCGGUAGCCGUAAGCAAAGUGGCUCUUCUCGACGAUUGUUUGUAGUUUGUUUUUACUGAUUUUAGUUGGAAAAAUGGAUUAAAACCCCUAGAGCAAGGACGGGAACCAACGAAAAACAACCCUGCGAGCGUUGUCAAUGCAUUUACGAUUAAAAAGCUGAAAAUUAGCUGCUAAAUUGAAUUAAGGUUCCCAUCACAAGUUUACGAAAGUUUUUAUGCUCAACCGCACUCGAAGAUUUCACAGCUUUUCUUCUUAAAAGUAUGAUCUUAAACAUAUUGAAGAGAGAGGGACGUGAAGAGCAGGCAGAUGCACGAUUCAAUGUUUACGGUUCCUCGUUUACUUCAUUUUUUUGUGGAAUUUUUUUAUUUUUUCAGGUUCCAGUAGUUAUAGAUCAGGACAGGCUGGUAGUCAAGUCAGUCCAGCUAAUGAAAGUUCCACAGGAACAUCCAACCCUUACUUUCCUAAGGUAAAACUGGAGCCGAACUAUUACCUGUUGUUUGUUAAUUAUUUUUGCGUAAAAGAUCGUAUCACUGAACUCGUGCAAAUCAAGAUUGUUGAGCACUCUAUUUAACUUUAUGCUGCAGUUUAUGCGAUGCGCAAUUUUCUAUUUCCCCCGUCAUUUGGGUUCGUCUUUUACACAAGGGGAAUCAAAUGAGUGUCGUAAGAAAGAAAACUUCGAAAUGAAUGUGGUUUGUGGGAUAAUGAGAUGGUUGACACUUUUUUGCUAAUGACGCUCUUGAAAAAGUAAAGCUUCAUGCUUCAAGAUGCAUGAAUUGUGACCUGGCCUCUUCAAUCUUUGAACCCGAAAGAUUCAAUUCGUAGUUUUUCCUUCUGAUUCCUCAUACAUUUCCUUCAGGAUCAGACAAAACAAUUUGAUGUUACAUUAAGGUAGCACCCUCCAAUCGAUUUGUAUGUCUGUUCUUCCGCCUGUUUGCGGAAUAGUAUAAUUAUUGGAUUGGCUAAGGGAAGUUACAUGCUAAUCUUUUUAGGGAGUUGAAGGGUCAAGAUUCAGACCGCUAAGUGCUAUCAUCUUAACCAAAGAAAUAUUUCUUAAACCGCCGUUGGCCCCCAUUAUUUUAAUCAUUGCAAUGUUUGAUUUUACUGGUGAACUAAUUCGACGUAAUUGUUCAUUUUUUUUUUUAAGACAUCAUGUGUGUCGUUUGAUUACGCAAACGUCAAUGCGAUCGCUGGGAAACUGAAGGAAUUUAAUGAAAGUUUAGAAGAGGUUAGUAAAGCUUUUUUUAGACCCGGGAAUUUUAGCUAAUGCAAAAGCCUUGGGAAGGUAUGAGGAAUCUGAAAUUGCAACCUAUUAAAUUUAAGCCAAGGCCGUCUGCGUCGAGCUGAAAUCGGUUUGCAAUUCUACCCACUGAGACUGCGUCAAUUAUUAUAUGAUCAAUUCUUAUAUAAACUGUUUUCUCAACAGUUAUAGUUCUUGAGCUAGUUAUUAGCUUCGUGUGUCAUUUUGUUUCCGAUUUUUCUCUUCAGGAUCAAAAGUUAUCAGAAGAUGAACUUAAAAACUUAAUAGGUGAGCCCCAGGAUAUUGCGACUUGCUUUAAGCGUAGCGUAUUUGUAGCCUCCAUUUGUGAUUAGUUACCUGCACUUAUUAAGAAUAUGACAAAAGUUUAGUACUUGAUGGGUUAUCAGGCGUCUGAUUUCAGAAUUCUGAAGAGACAACGUUCGCAUUUCACUGAAAAUUGGAAAUUUUAGAUAUAGCUUUCUCGUAAGGUGUUAAUUUCCUCGUGAAAAAAAUUCCACUUCAUGUGCCUUUAUUAAGUAAUGGAUAUUUUUAAUCGAUGGUACUUCGCUUCUCAAAAUAUUUCAUAAUUUUUAAUAGUUGGUAAUAUGUAAUUUGUCAUUAUGCUGCAGAUGAACAAAAUUAAACUUCUGUUCGCGGUCGUCCGCGAUUGUUGAUCGAAGACCGAAUUGGACUUAACACGGUCUUACGAACAUAUUAUAUCGGCGAGAGAGCACUUUAUCCUCUCUUGAUAUUGGUCAAGGCAGCGCACAAACUCGAGCAAAGUCCCUUAAUUUUAUUCAUAGAACUAUUAAACGACGUGGGAGCCGCUGCGGAUAAGUGUAAAUCACCAAAGAUUUCACACAUGUCUUUACUCGUGAGAGCGCUAAAGUGGCCACAAAAUCAGCUAUUUCCAGGUGCGUAAGAUGAUUGAAUACUAAGUUAUCAUAAACUCUCUUUUAGUUUCAUUUGGUCGCUCUUUUCUACUCUUACAUUUGCUGCUUUCUGAUUGGAGUUUAAGUGGUUGUUAUUUUUUAAAUUUAUUUGUUGUUUUGGGUUUACAUAACGGUUUCACAGUCGUUUAUCCUUGAUAGUCGUGAGAGGUAUAUUACCCAAUUGGCGGCUCUUCGAAAUUUGAAAUCUUAAAUGACUAAUUAUAUAAGUGAACGCAAUUUGGAAUUAAUUUCUAUUUCUUGGCUUUUGUCUUUAAAACCCCUCUCCUGGCGUUUUAAAGCGUUUCAACCAACAUGUUUGAGUUUUAGAAUCAUAAUUAAUGAAAUGAUUCGAUGAGAGCAUCUUCAGCAGAAAGGUAUGAGGGAUUUUUUCUCGAAAGCAGGAUGACCGAGGGUUUGUUGGCCUACUUGUUCCCGCCCGUACCUCCUCACAAAUUGAAGGUGGUGUACUUGGAGCUAAGUAGGUAAUAAUCAUGCUUGUUGUUGUCUUUCAAAUAGCUCUGGAUAUUCUGCGUCUGGCUGUACGUUUUCCAUCCAUUGCCAACAUUUGUUGUAGUGGGUCUGAGGGAGAUAACCUGACUGCUCAUUUACUUGCUUGUACAAGGUACAGACAUAUUGUCAGUCUUAACUGUGAGAUGUAUUUUAUUACUAUACAGUAAUACCACAGCUGAGAAUAAGGAAAAACUUUUCUGUUCCUUAAGUCUUGCAAGGAAAUGUAAUAUUUGAUAAGUUUGUUAUCUAAGGUGGCCGAAAGCGCUCAAAAAUCAAUUAGUCAACGGCAGUCAGUCAUUGAAAUUUGAAAUAGUGGGCUUGGCAUGGCUAUCGGUAUUAUUAUGCUUGUAGGGGGGAAGUUAAUUUUUGAGCGCUCUGAAGACAGCUGUUCAGAGUGUAGGAAAACUGCUCAAAAACCGGCUUAUCAAAAUUGAUUUAGUUCUUUCUUGGUGAUUUUAACAAAUAAUUUUCCUCCGCAGGGACGAUAAUCCACCAUCCAAUGUGCUCCUGUCAUUUAGAAUAAUAUCGAAUCUAUUUUUGUCUCUUGACGGUUCAGCUUUAGUUCUGAAACACAGAGAGAAGGUAAGUACGUAAAUCUAGGGCCGGGUACUACAUGCCAUGAUGUAUCAACGACUAAGUAUGAGAUCAAGGUCCUUAGAAAUUUGUCCAAUUGAGAAAGUUUUAUCUGACGUUCUUAUUGUCCAAUUCAAAGCCAACAGACAGUGCACGAAAUGCAUAGAUAGCCAAUCAGAAAACUGGAUUUACUUCAUCUUUUCCCUCCAAGCCAGUCAUAUAAUAAAUCUAAGCAAUCUCGUGAGUGGCUGUCACUAGAACUGCCGGAACAAACGCCGUCAGCACUCCCAUGCAAACUCUUUCUUAAGACACGUCUUUACCCUUUGUCCACUAAGAGUGACUAGCCUUUAAUUUCUCCUUAUAAUAUCACCGGCGAAUAAAAUAUCAAGAUCAUUAGAAUAAAGGAAAUAAUCACCAACUUGAGAAGCUCUUGAUUGUUAAACAAAUUCUCCUUGUCAACAGCUUUGUAAAUAAAGAGAUGAGUAUGGAGAAUGUGCACACUGAUGUUAGAGUAUAGGGGUUCACCGGACAUUCUUGCUGGAAAAUUGCUUGUCGGUAAUUCCACUCUUCAUAAAAUUAUGUUCUAUUUUUUUUUUUCAGAUAGUAGAACAUACAAUAUCGUGGUGUAAAUGCUCUAACAAGAACAUCAGGGUGUCCGUAUGUACCAUUUUACUCAAGUAAGUGUUAUAUCUUGUACAUAAUCAUUAAAAUACAGUGUUGGGAGCCGCAUUUAGCACAAAGUCUGUUUAAUCCAAGUGACGGAGAGAAGAAAGAAGGAUAGGUCUAUGCAAUAUAAGAGAGACAAAACUUGGUCACAGUGGGUAGGGAAACCUCUUACGUGCAAACCAAUUGAGAGAAUGGCUGAAGGUUAACCAUAAUCUCAGCAAGGGAACAAGGAGUUUCCGCUCGGUAGGUUCUUUACAAUCCAAACGAAUACCUUCUUUUGGCGUUAUCUAUGAAGUCCGUGAAUUUUCAAAGGUCUUCAGAGUUGUGUAACUAAGGAUGCAUGGUAACUGUGUGUUUUUUAAUGAUACCUCCUUUCAAAAUACCCGAGUUGAUUUUGUGCCAAACAAAACGGACUCAAACGGGCAAUUAGAGGGAAUGUGUUUUGAGUUGUAUUUCUUGUAUCUUUUAUAGUUAUUCUGUUCUUUUACGGAAGCAUCAUGAUUUUGAAGCAAAGACUCAAUGUCUAUCAACCCUUGCAGACGUAAGUUUCAUAUUCGAAUUUUUAAUAAAAUUUUACAUAUAUUAGUGCUUAGUUCCUCAACAUACUGCGGCAAUGUAUGAUCUUUAAUACAGCGAUCUCUGUAGAUCCUAGAAAGUGAAACAGACAAUGAAGCCAGGUUCAGAUCUCUUGUUGCAGUUGGAACUUUGGUAAGUGAACGGUAAUUGAAUCAAGUUGACUUAGGACAACUCUUUUAGUUUUCCAUCUAAAAAUCGUCAAAUUGAACAUGUGCGAUCGCGUUUUUUUCUCUUAAACAGAUAUGGGGUGAUUCCGAAGCUCUUUCCUUGGCUCAGUCGUUGGGAAUUGAAAAUUCAUUGAAGAUCUUGUCGUCCGUCAGUGAUCCACCCAAGGUAGGUCGUACAUCACGGCUUCCAAAUGAUAAAUAUGACAUAUAG